AUGCCGAACCGCACGCACGGCGGUCUGCAGGACAAGGACCGUAUUUUCCAGAACCUGUACGGUCAGCAUGACUUCCGCCUGAAAGGCGCGCUUGCGCGUGGCGACUGGCACCGGACGCGCGACAUCAUUGAACGCGGCCACGACUUUAUCAUCAACCAGAUGAAGGAGUCGGGUAUCCGCGGCCGCGGUGGUGCCGGCUUCCCCUCGGGUCUCAAGUGGAGCUUCAUGCUGAAGCCCGGCUGGGAGAAGGACCCCCGCCCGCGCUACCUCGUGAUCAACGCCGACGAGGGUGAGCCGGGUACCUGCAAGGACCGUGAGAUCAUGCGCCACGACCCCCACAAGCUCAUUGAGGGCUGCCUGGUCGCCGGUCGUGCGAUGGGUGCGAACGCUGCCUACAUCUAUAUCCGUGGCGAGUUCGUCGAGGAGGCGAACAACCUCCAGGAGGCCGUGUACGAGGCGUACAAGGCCGGCCUCAUUGGCAAGAACGCGUGCAACUCGGGCUACGAUUACGACGUGUACGUCCACCGUGGUGCCGGCGCCUACAUCUGUGGCGAGGAGACUGCGCUGAUUGAGUCGCUUGAGGGCAAGCAGGGCAAGCCGCGGUUGAAGCCGCCGUUCCCUGCGGAUAUCGGUGUCUUUGGCUGCCCCACGACCGUUGCCAACGUCGAGACGGUCGCCGUGGCUCCGACGAUUAUCCGCCGUGGCCCCAAGUGGUUCGCUGGCUUUGGCCGCGACAAGAACCACGGAACGAAGCUCUACGCGAUUUCGGGCCACGUCAACAAGCCCUGUGUCGUGGAGGAGGAGAUGAGCAUUCCCCUCCGCGAGCUCAUCGACAAGCACUGCGGCGGCGUCCGUGGCGGCUGGGACAACCUCCUGUCCGUGAUCCCGGGUGGUUCGUCGACCCCUAUGAUGCCCAAGGACGUCUGCGGUGAGGCCCUGAUGGACUUUGACUCGCUGCGCGACUGCCAGUCGGCGCUCGGUACCGGUGCGGUGAUUGUCAUGGACCAAUCCACCGACCUGAUCCACGCCAUCUCGCGCCUGACCAAGUUCUACCAGCACGAGAGCUGUGGCCAGUGCACGCCGUGCCGCGAGGGUACGACGUGGCUGAGCAACAUGAUGUCCCGCUUCGAAAAGGGCCGCGGUGCGCUCCGUGAGAUCGACAUGAUCUGGGAGCUCACCAAGCAGAUGGAGGGCCACACCAUCUGCGGUCUCGCGGACGCGACCGCGUGGCCGAUCCAGGGUCUUCUGCGCCACUUCCGUCCUCGUGUCGAGGAGCGCAUGCGCGAGUACGAGGCCGAGCACGGCCCCGUGCUCUUCGGCGGCCGCCUCGCGAGCGAGCGCCCCGAGGACCUCGCCAUGCCGCAGAACCUGUCCUUCCCCAACCAGGAGUCGAAGGACAACUUUGCCCCGGGCGUGCCGGGUGCGUAG